AUGCAAUCAGAAGCAUUUAAAAAUAUUUAUCAGGAAAUAAAAACUGAUUGGGUAUUACAACGAAUUGAUAAUUUUAAUCCGGAUGAUAAGCGAGAAUUCAAACAACGUUAUAUGUCUAAUUUGGAAUUUUACAAUAAUUCUGGUUUGGCAUUUUUAAAUCUUGGUGGUGAGGAUAGAAUUACUGGAUCAAAGAUUGGUUAUGCAAUGAAUCCAUUGCUGAUAUUGGCUAAGAAAUAUGGCGCUGCAUGUUUUGUUUAG